UGGUUUGGAAGUUUUGUGCAUACAAUCUGGCAACCUCUGUCCCAGCAGUUGAGUCGGGACUCCCCCUGCUGCAGCUCUAGCUCGGGCGACUCGGGUUCCUCGGGAUGACUCGCGCUGAUGAGAGCUGAAAAGUUUGGGUGUAUGAUCGCCGCAUCCUGCAGCAUGGAUCCACUCAGCUUGCGUCCUCAGUUCCUGCAAACAUCUGUACUGCGAAAUGAAAGGCGUUUACAAUAACCUUCCGUGUGUGAGAAAGACCGCUUAAGUGCACAAGCCUUGAGCUCAGCUUUUAGGAUGCACUCAAAGCGCGGAUUUUGCGCCUUUUGCUUGGUCUUCAUACUCCCAGCUGUACUCCUGAGCAUUGUACAGAGAGCAGACUCUCAUGUGCUGUAUGAAACUGCAGGUAGUUUUUCUGAAGGGCUUCUCCAGGACGAGAUUGUUCACCCUCAGAGAGUGGAUUCAGAUGGAGCUUUCAUCUCGAACCUCGUGUCCUACCGUGUGAGCCGAGUCCGUCGGAGGCAGACCGCGGACAGCACUGAAAGCCUGCCUCAUGUUUUCUACCAUUUACAAUACAAUGGAGAGGACUUGCUUUUUAAUCUUACCCUAAACCCAUAUCUGCUAGCUCCUGGUUUUCUCACAGAACGGCGAUCAGGUAGCCUUAAGGGCUCCACUUUACAUUCUGCCGGCAAAUCUCUGUGCUACUUUCUCGGAGAGGUUCGGAGUGAAUCAACCGCUAAGGGGCAAGCAGCUGUGAGCACCUGCAAUGGCUUGACAGGGCUGUUUAAACUCUCAGAGGAGGAAUUCUUCAUCAGGCCGCUGGAGCAAAUGCACAGAUCAGAAGAGCCACAAGCUCAUGUCAUCUUCAAGCGACAUACUACUGAGCAGACCGGCCAGCUGGUGCAGCCGUUAUUUGAAGGGAAAACAUCCAAUGGGACCUGCGGAGUCAAAGAUGUUAGUGGAAGAGCACAGCGAGUAGAGAGGCAGCGAGAGCGUUGGGAGAAAAACCAUCAGCGGAGGAGACGGCGCUCCAUCAGCAGGGAGAAAUGGGUGGAGACUCUUGUGGUGGCUGACACAAAAAUGGUGGAGUAUUAUGGCAAGAAUGGAGUGGAGAGCUAUGUUCUGGCUGUCAUGAACAUUGUUGCAGGGCUUUUUCGGGACCCGAGCAUUGGAAAUAACAUCAAUAUUGUUGUUGUGCGUCUCAUUCUACUAGAACAAGAUGAGGAAGACUUGAAAAUUACUCACCAUGCAGACAAUAGUCUCAACAGUUUCUGCAAAUGGCAAAAGCACUUGAAUACAAAGGGAGAUGAACAUCCAGUCCAUCACGAUGUGGCUGUCCUACUUACAAGGAAAGACAUUUGCGCUUCCACCAACAAGCCAUGUGAGACACUAGGGCUCUCUCAUGUGGCGGGAAUGUGUCAACCUCAUCGCAGCUGUAGCAUCAAUGAGGACACAGGACUGCCGCUGGCCUUCACUAUAGCACACGAGCUGGGACAUAACUUCGGGAUCGAACACGAUGGCAACAGCAAUAACUGCGAGCCAAUUGGAAAAAGGCCGUUUGUCAUGUCUCCUCAGCUUCUGUAUGGAACAUCUCCACCCAACUGGUCACGGUGCAGCCGCCAGUACAUCACACGCUUUCUAGAUCGAGGCUGGGGCUGGUGUCUGGAUGACCCUCCUGGCAAAAAUGAACUUGCCUCUCAGCCUGUGCUACCUGGCAUUCUCUACAGCGCCGCCCACCAGUGCCGCCUCCAGUAUGGCUCCAGCUCGCUGCUUUGUGAUGACAUGGACAACGUCUGCAGCACUCUGUGGUGCACCGUGGCCUCAGCAUGCCACUCAAAACUGGACGGAGCAGUGGAUGGCACCAAGUGUGGUGAAGGCAAAUGGUGUUUGAAUGGUGAGUGUGUAUCAGCUGGAUAUCAGCCGGAGAAUGUGCAUGGUGGAUGGGAGCCAUGGAGCGAGUGGUCAUCCUGUACCAGGACAUGUGGCGCUGGAGUGCAAAACUCGCAAAGAGACUGUGUUAAUCCUACCCCGAAGAAUGGAGGGAGAUACUGCCUUGGGGAGCGCCGCAGAUAUAGGAUCUGUAACCACGAGCCAUGUGCACAAAGCCAGCCUAGCUUCAGAUCCAUUCAGUGCAGCAAGUUCAACAGUGUCCCUUAUAAGGGCAAAUUGUACCAGUGGGUGCACGUCAAUAACCGAAUAAAUCCAUGUGAACUGCACUGCCGCCCGAUGAACGAGUAUUUCUCAGAUAAGAUGGUGGACGCAGUAAUUGAUGGAACCCGGUGCUAUGAGGGAAGCCAGAGUCGAGAUGUGUGCAUUAAUGGAAUCUGUAAGAGUAUUGGCUGUGAUUAUGAGAUCGAAUCCAAUGCAGCUGAGGACCAUUGUGGAGUUUGCCAUGGCAACGGAUCCACUUGUGAAACCGUGAAGAAGACCUUUGAGAAGAGUGAAGGCCUGGGCUAUGUAGACAUUGGCUUAAUUCCAGAAGGAGCACGGGACAUACGCAUCGAGGAGGUGGCCGAAGCUGGUAACUUUCUGGCUUUACGCAGCAACAACCCAGAAAAGUAUUUUCUAAAUGGUGACUGGACAAUUCAGUGGACUGGAGAGUACAAAGCAGCAGGGACGGUGUUUAUGUAUGAGAGAACAGGCCAGCAGGAGAACCUGACCUCUCCAGGACCAACCAUGGAGCCUGUUUGGAUUCAGCUGCUCUUUCAGGAGACUAACCCGGGUGUGAGGUACCAGUACACCAUCAGUAGAAAUGUACUGACUGAGUCCCAUAAUGGAAGUUCUGCUUCUGAUUUCCAGUGGAAACGUGGCGCAUGGACGGAAUGCAGCACCACAUGUGGAACAGGUGUCAAAAGACAAGUUGUGCAUUGUGUCGAGCGGACGUUUGGAAUUGUGGAGGAACAUUACUGUGAUGCAUCCACUAGGCCAGAUGACAAUCGAGUAAACUGCAAUCCUGGAUUAUGCCUGGCUACAUGGUGGGCUGGAGAAUGGCAGAAGUGCUCAACAAGCUGUGGUGGAUCAGGCCUGACUAAGAGAACAGUGGUGUGUAUUCGGAGUUUGGGACUGGAAAAACAUGAAGCCCUUCUGCCAGCUGAAUGCCAUCAAUUGCCUAGGCCUGAGUCAAUCUCCCACUGCAACACACACAUUUCCUGUCCUGCAGACUGGACUACAGGAAACUGGUCAGAGUGCUCUGUGAGCUGCUCGAAUGGCGUACAGACACGUGAGGUGACAUGCAGCUGGAACACCAUGGUUGAUUGUGAUCCUCAAGCCAAGCCUGCUUCUGUCAAGCCAUGCAAGAUUCAAAACUGCCCCACAAACAUAGACAGUGACUGGUCUGGUAGUGGCUCGUCAAGCAAGGAAGUUUUUAACGAGAUAAACUCGAUACUUGAAGACAACCAUAUAACGAAAUCAGGCAAGGGAACAGUUAGCAAUCAGCCAGGAGAAGACAAUACUCUCAACAGCAUAAUUGCGGGGGAUUUCUCAUAUAACAAUCAAAUUGAAUUAGACAAGUCAAUUAAAACAAACUUUCUCGUUGAUGAUUUUUAUUAUGAUUACAACUUUAUAAAAUUUCAUGAGGAUCUCUCAUAUGAUUUUGAUAGUGAGGGAAAUGGUGCAACUGAUUACUCAGGAAUUCAUUUGAAGCAGGAACCCAAACCCAGUCUUAACACAGUUUACAGGGAAGGAGCAAAUCCUUCCAUAACUACCUCAUUUACAAGCUAUACUAUGGUCCCACCAAUUGGCUCUACUACCGAGGGUCCUCUUUCUGACCAAACAGAUGAAAGCAACUCAGAAGAGGAUAUAGUUCUUUCAGAGGACUAUUUUCUAUCUGUUGGUACAACAGCCAGACCACGCUCUCCCAUCACUAUAUUCUCUCAGAAACGGAAUGAGUUUUUUAUCCCAACUCUUAACCCUGACACUAUUCAGAGCCUGGUGCCUACGGAUUCGGUACCAUCUGAGGAAAUACCAACAGUAGAUGACGCCAUGUCAAAUAUUGAUAUAAGAUCUGAGCAUUAUAAUGAAUAUUCAAAGAUUCAGACAGACAAUAAUGCAACCAAGAUGCUUGGAAGUUUGAAAAACAAUAAGGGUGUGUAUAAGAGUGAUGGAGAGGGUGAAGAGAUGCUUGAUCAUGGGGGUACAAACCAAACCAAAGAGCAAGUACAGCAAGAUCUCCAUGCUAAUGAGGAGUGGACUAUGGCACCGACUGUGUUACCACUAAGUGAAACCAUGGAAACAUUUCAUUCCCAACUGAAUGUGGACAUUGGUACAAAAGUUCAAUCACCCAAAGAACCAUUUUCAAUCCCAGAACACAGAAGGAUCACAACGCCGGCCCCUUUGUCUGCCUCCUGGACAGAGAUUGAGUACAAUAAGUUAAUUGUUCCUUCACGGCCAUGGUUCGACGAAUACACUUUCCCUGUUUCUUCAGCAUAUCCAUCUCAGGGUUCUAACACUAAGCCUCAAGCCACCACUGAGCCAUUUACAGUCCGCCUGCUCCCAUCAGCUUCAACUGCCAUCUGGACUACCAGCAACUGGAGCUCUUGUUCCACCAGCUGUGGGCUUGGUGCUAUUUGGAGGUCGGUGCAGUGCAGCACAGGGAACGACUCUGACUGUGAUAUGGCUAAGAGGCCAUUACCGGCUCGACGCUGCCACCUUCGGCCAUGUGCUAUUUGGAAGGCAGGAGAAUGGAGCAAGUGUUCAAAGGACUGUGGAGGAGGCUUAAAGGUGCGAGAGAUCCAGUGUUAUAACACCCGGGAUCAGAGGCCACUGAGACCUUUCCACUGCCAGGCAACUUCUCUUAGGCCCCCCACCCACCUGUCCUGCAACAUCCAGCCGUGUCUGGACUGGUACACUUCCUCUUGGGGGCAGUGUUCAGAGAUUUGUGGUGGAGGAGAGCAGCAGAGGAUGGUCAUGUGUCAUGAAGAAGGGAGAUGUGAUGAGGCACAGAAACCCAACUCAAUUCAGCAGUGCAACACUCAGACCUGUGCUCAGUGGGUCACCGGAUCCUGGGGUCAGUGCUCUGUGUCCUGUGGUGGAGGCAUACAGCACCGUCUGGUCAAGUGUGUGAACACAGAGGAAGAACUAGAGGAGCAAGAGGAGAAGGACAAGACAGCCCAGUGUGACCAUGAGCCCUGGCCAGAGGACACACGCCAGUGUAACCUUCAUGACUGUGAGAGUGCCACGUCUGGUCCGAAGUGUUUACGUGACCGCCUAACAUUCCAUUUCUGCCAGAAGCUCCAGUGGCUAGGUCAAUGUCAUCAACCUACCGUUCAAUCUCAGUGUUGCAAAACCUGUGAACAAGGAGCCCGUGGUAAUGAGCGAGCCACCCGUCGCUGAGAACUUUUAUUUACACCGGGGGAAUUCUAACACACACCAAAUCUAGGACAAGCCUUAUCAAAAGCUUUGUCUCCACUGACCUGCAGGAUCUUGCCAAGAUAUAAAGGCUUUAUCUUUUAUUUUGUAGCAGUAAAUCAAGAUUUUGUAGAUGUUCUAGCACUUGUCCAAGUUCUUAGAAUCGAUGGAGCUCCUCAGUGAGUUUGCAAGAUGUUUAGUAAUUGCGAGUUUAGUAGUAUUGAUUCACUAAUUCUAGACAUUAACAUUCACAUUAGUGGACUGAAAACAUUCACAGAGCGCAGACAUAGAGGAUCUCAAAUGGAGUGCCUAAUUUGCAAUUUAUCAUCAUCUGUCCUAUAGCCAUCAUUAAUUCAUUCAUUUUUUUUCAAUCUUCCAAUCUUCAAUCUCCUAUCUUAACUUUAUUUUUAGUUGAACAGAUUUUACCCAACCAGUAGCAAUUAAUUAUGGCAAUCUUUUCACAAUCUUUAUUUUUUUUCUCUAAAGAACUGAAUUCCCGUUUAACAUAAUAGAUAAGCAUGUAUUUCUGUUUAAUUAACAUAUUAUAAUAUAAACAACAAGCUCAAACAAUGCUUUCUACUGAUCGCAGCUAUUACCUACAGUAAUCAAUGUCUAAACCUAAAGGAACUGUAAAGUAAAAGUGCUGCCAAAAAAAAACCUGGUGCUACCUUGGGCCGCGUUAUGGCCCAAACUAAAGUCAGGGGUCUGCAGGCCGGUGUAUCUGUCCUCUUGAAAAAAUGUGGCUCUGAUACAAACGUGUUAGAGUUUUAUAUUGGUACUGAAUAUUGAUUUGGAAAAUGACACCUACACGAUCCUGAUGCCGUUGUAUUGUUUUCGGUUGUUGAAAAAGCAGUAGCAUAUUUUUGGUAUAAUUUGUGAAAUUUGCAAUCCUCAGGUAAAUUUGUCAUCCCACUUUUUGACUUUGCAGUAUUAUUUAUGUAUUGUUAUAGUGUGCAUCAGUUAGAUAGGAAUGUGACAUCGCAUACAUGUCUAUUUCAAAAUGAUCUGACCUUUAAAUCAAGACACUACAGGGAGAAAUUAUGAUUUUGGUCAUACAUAAUUUUUGCUGAUUUCUGAAUGAAUUGUAUUAAAUGUGCACUCUUAAUAUGUAGAAAUAAAAAUGUAAAAACAAAAGAAA